AUGCGGAGAAGUCAUCGGAAGUCCCGAAAAGGGUGUCUCGAGUGCAAAAGACGGCAUAUCAAGUGCGACGAAACACGACCGCGAUGCAUCAACUGCCAAACCGUUGAGAGAGAAUGUUCUUACCCCAUUCUGCCCGGGACCGACACUGGCAGCGAUGAACUGUCCCGAUCCCCGGCCGAUCACCUUUCGGUCGCCGCAACCCCACCCUCCUCCGGCGCCGGGUCCGCCUCGGCCUCGGUAGCCUCUUUCUCCGGUGGCUAUGGUGGUUCCGCAUCCACCAUGCCCAUGCCGGACGUCACUCCCUUUCCAGUCCCCACGGGCUACCAAGACUCGGAACCGCCAUCGCCCAACGUCAACAUGGUGCACAUGGAGCUCCUCUACCACUUCACCACUGACGUCUUCUUCACCUUUGCUCCCUUCGGAGACACGGCCCGCUCGCUCACCAUGAAUCACGCCUUCAGCGAGCCGUACCUCAUGUACCAGAUCCUGGCCCUCUCGGCCCGCCACCUAUCCGUCCUGCGCCCGCACCGCGAGGCCUUUUACCACCACCACGCCAUCCAGCUGCAGACGCACGCCCUGACCUUGUUCAACAGCAUCGACAUGGCGCACUUUGACGCGUGCAUCGAGAAGCGCGUUCCGCUCUUUCUGUUUUCUUCCAUUUUGGGUGUCCAUGCCCUCUGCGACACCUUGAGCUAUCGAGACGCCGAGUUCCCUGCUACGCUGACCCGUUUUGUGGGUUAUUUGCACCUGCACCGCGGUAUCUACGGGGUCUUGGAGGGACACAUGGACGAGAUGAGGCAGAGUGAGCUGAAGCCGAUUAUCGAGGCGGGCAUUCGCCUGUACGACACGCGCGGCUCGGGGCCCGAGUGCGAUGAGAUCCUGCGUCGGCUGGAGUCGAGGUUUUCCCAAGAAAAUGAUGAUGAUAAGGAGAGGUUGCAUGGGCUGAGACAGGCGGUGCAUCGUGUGCAGUUCAUCUUCGAUGCCAUGUCGAGUCGGGUCACACAGGUGCAGAUGAUGUUGGCGUGGGGUACCAUGUUGACGAAGCCGGUCAUGGGCAUGUUGGAAGAAGGGAAGCCGGAGGUGUUGGCGGUUCUGGCGUAUUACUUUGUUUGUCUACAUCUGUGUCGAAAGGCGUGGAUAGCGGGCGAUUCGGGGAGGUUCUUGCUGGAUAGCUUGGCGAGGUAUAUGGCGAGCUUGGGGCCGGAGUGGUCAGAGUGGAUAGAGACGCCGUGUAGGCUGUUAAAUGAGGCGGAUGAAAGGGAGGCAAGAGCGGGGAGUGAUGAGUCUGGGAUAGGGAGUCAAGAACACCAACCGCAGCAGCAGCAGCAGCGGUAUCAGCAGUAUGAGCACUCUUCUACCAGAACCACAACCAUCACGAUGCCCACCAGACCCAAAUUCACCAUUUCCCACCCCUCCGAGGCCUCGGCCUCCUUGGAAGCAGCCCGCAUAGCCCAAAUCCACCUCCUCGCCAUGCAAACCAACCCGCUCCUCCACGCCCAAUUUCCCACACGCAAAAGCCAAGACGCCCUCGAAUGCUUUCUUGCCAGAGACACUCAGCAAAAGACUGGUCCACUUCAAACAUGGGCCCACCGCGAUGAAGGCAUCUGGGUGGCCAGGCUUGAAGGUGAGGACGAGAUUGCCGGGUUCAUUCGGUGGGAGUAUCCUCCUCCAAAUGUUGACAGAGGGAAGGGGAAGAGUGACGAGGACAAAAAGAAGAAGUUGGAAGAGGGAGAAAUCAAAUACCUUGCAGGAUGCAGGAGGGAAUAUCUAGAGGAGUACGCGCGGUUGGCAUCGGAGGCUAAAGAGAAGAGUGGGUUUAUGAAGAAAAGAUGUUGGCAUCUCACAUUUGUAUGCAUCGACCCCAAGUACCAAGGCCGUGGAGCCGGAUCUCUGCUGACAAGACGGUUGCUUGAAUUGGUGGAAGAUGCACUGGAUGCACAUGGACCGCUGCCGGUGUAUUUGGAGAGUACGAUUGAGGCAGCUCCCAUGUAUGAGAGGCUGGGGUUUGAGGCUGUGGAUGGGUUUGAGAUGGAGAUACCUGCCCUGGGGAUGAUCUCGGGAGAGGACGAGGGCAAAGCUGAGGGAGAGAAGACGACAUAUAGAGAGGUUUGUAUGUGUGCAUCAACGGCGGAAGGAGCGGUCAAUGUCAACCAACCGGCGACUGAGGCUCAAGAGUCGCAGUCGCGACUACGUAAGUACCGAGUGAAAACAGUAUUGUAA